CAUGUCUCCCCCCAUUAGUCAUCCAUAGAAGGAUCAUCAGCCGCUUAUAAAAAACCUCACCCUUCUCCUCCUUCCUCAUCCAUUCCGCUCUCCCUCUCGCCAUCGCAUCUCCUUCCACUCUCGCAACCACUUCAGCAACCACUUCAGCAACCACAGCAGCUACAACGAAAGCGCCGCAACAAUGUCUUACGCUGUCAAUGCCCCCGUCGCCACUAUCGGUCAAUCAACGACCUGCCUUGCCUGCGGGAUCCGUCUCCCCUCACUCGAGACCCAGCAGAUGCACCACAAAUCCGAUUGGCACACCUACAACUUGAAGCGCAAGAUGGUCAAUCUGCCCCCCGUUUCCUCUGAGGUCUUUGCCCAGUUAGUCACCGCGACCCGCGAACAGGCAAACCCUGAAGAAGCCCCUCAGCCGGAAUGUGUCCCCUGCGGCAAAAAGUACCUCUCCUUCCAGGCCUACGACAAUCAUCUAAACUCCAAGAAGCACAAGCAGACUGUCGUCACCUACGAAAAAAAGCAGCAGAAGGAGCAGAAGCAACAGAAACAGCAGGGGCAGGAACAAGAGCAGGCCCAGGAGCUGUCAUCUUCAGAGGACGACACUUCAGCAACCAAAUACACAGCAGCAACAGCACCAGAACAACUCGAACCCAGCGAAACUGUCUGCCUGUUUUGCUCACACAGGGCGGAAAAUGCCACUCUCAACUACGAGCACAUGCGAUCCACCCAUGGCUUCUUCCUCCCAUCCUUCGAACGCCUCAUCGAUCUCCCCGGCAUCCUCACCUACCUCGCCGAGAAACUCCUCGAGAACCUUGACUGUUUCUGGUGUACUCCCUCAGUCUUCUCCCAAAACCUCCGCCCCGAUCAAGAGCUCCACGCCAGCUUCGCCUCCCUCACCGCCGUCCGUCGACACAUGAACGACAAGGGACACUGCAAACUCGCCAUGGAUCACGGCGCUGAACGUGAAUACGCCGACUUUUACCUCCCCCUCGCUGACUACGGUACCGAUUACGAUGAUGAUGACGAAACCCUCAAGGAUUCGCUGGCUGAUGAUAGUACCACUCAAACGGCAGGUGAAACCCUGGAUGAAGACCAAAAGCGUCUGAACUUGAUUCUCCUGGACGAGCACGGCAACUGGAUCCUCGACGACGGGAGCCCCGUCACCUCUGGAAUCCAUAUCGAUCCUGCCACCAACGAACUUGUCCUCAACAACCGCCGUCUCGCUCACAAGGACGCCGCUCGUCGUCAAAAGGUCGAAUCUAGGACCGUCACCCUCACAUCCCGCUCAAACCGUCGUCCCACCACCGACGUCAAUGCCGAUGCUAACACAGACGAGUCGGCAGCCGACGAGGAAGAUCAGGACAAAGAUACUGCAUUGACGAACGAUCCUCAUCACCCAGAUGCUCGUAUCUCGAACGCCCUCCUGAAAUCCCAGAACCAGCUCUCCGGAUCGACCAUGGCCGUGAGCACCGUGCAGAUGCAUCAGCUCGCUGUCAAGAUCUCAAAGGCCCAGAACGUUGAAUCGGAUAAGCGUGCAAAAAUGGCCAUGAAAAUGGGUCUCGGUCACAAUUCUUCUGCUCGUCUUCGUUGCAACGUUGUUUUUGGCACUAAAGUAUAGUGUACUUGGACUGAACAGCCACACUGCCCAUGUCCAUACUCUCUCUCUUUUUUCCUCUAUACAUGUACAUUAUGAUUUGAAUAAAAUCUGCAAGGGUUCGCAGCAACAUCCGU